AUGAUUACAGCCAUGUUCAUUUUCCCGCGGGUUAACUUCAAGGACCAUUUCAUCCGCGAUGGCCCGGCUGGAUGCAUUGGAGCCACCAAUAGAUCAGCCUCCACCACCAGUUCUUCCAGAGCAAGCUGUGACAUCUACUCCUAUGGAAGUUUCUCCAGCGCACGAAGGGACUUCUUCCUCUUCUGCGGUUCCUCCGGUGCAAGCUGGGACUUCUGCUUCUUCUGCAGUUCCUCACCCCAGAGCAGGACCACGGAAGAUAAUGAAAGCAAACGCUGGACCCACACUAAUGAAGAGACCGACCCAUGGUGGAGAGUGGAUCUACUGAAACUAUACAGAGUGAACAGAGUCACCAUCACUAAUAGAAAUACUUAUGCUGAAAGGAUAAAUGGAGCGGAGAUUCGUAUCGGGAAUUUUCUUGAUAUUUAUAACAAUACCAAAUGUGGUGUGAUUUCUACUCUUGGAGCCGGUGCCACGGCCACUUUCUCAUGCGGUGGGAUGGUGGGACGUUAUAUGGUUGUCCAUAUUCCUGGAAAUCAGAAGAUUCUUAGUAUUGCUGAAGCUGGAGUCUAUGGGAAUUUGGCAGGAAAUCGGGCAGUGGGAGGAGCCACUAUGCAGUCGUCAACAUCUGCAGACUGGUUUGCUGAAAAGGCCAUUGAUGGUAAUCGAGGUCUCCAGCAGUUGAAUACGGGAUGUUCCUCAACACUUAAUGAGACUAACCCAUGGUGGAGGCUGGAUCUGCAUGAUGUCUACAGAGUUAGUGAAGUGGUCAUCACUAACAGAAAAAACUGUUCUGCAGAAUGGAUAAACGGAGCAGAGAUUCACAUCGGAAACUCUUUGGAGAACAACGGCACCAACAAUCCCAUAUGUGCUGUUAUUCCUGAUAUUCCAGCAGGAAAGUCCAACAACUACUCGUGUAAUAGAUUGGAGGGACGUUAUGUGAUUAUUCAUAUUCCUGGAGACUGGAAGAUUCUUACUCUUUGUGAGGUUGAAGUCUACGGGUAUUUGGCAGAAAAUCUGGCGGUAGCUGGAACUGCUAUACAGUCGUCAACAUCUGCAGACUGGUUUGCUGAAAAGGCCAUUGAUCGAGGUCUCCAGCAGUUGUAUAAUGGAUGCUCCUCAACUAUUCCUGAGAAUAACCCGUGGUGGAGGCUGGAUCUGCGUCAUAUCUACAGAGUUAGUAAAGUGGUCAUCACUAAUAGAAAAGACUGCUGUGCAGAACAAAUAAACGGAACAGAGAUUCAUAUCGGAAACUCUUUGGAGAAUAAUGGCACCAACAAUCCCAUAUGUGCUGUUAUUCCUGCUAUUCCAGCAGGUGAGUCCUAUAGCUACUCAUGUGAUGGGAUGGAGGGACGUUACGUGAAUCUGAUCAUUCCUGGAGACAUGAAGAUACUCACUCUGUGUGAGGUUAAGGUCUAUGGAGAAGGUCCCUUUUUAAAAAGAUCAUUUAUAAAACUGAUGUUUGACUCCAGCAAAGAUUUGACCGACUCUACAAUGAGAGAAAGCGUUCUGAAACAGUUGGGAUCUGCUCUGGCUAAUAGAGGAUUCACAGACUUGACAUUGAGUUGGUCUCAAAUCCCUAAAGAGAAAGUGAUGCGGAAAGUGAACGCUGGCAAAAUGAGCUCAUCAUGGCCCUCUGGGAAGAAAGACACCGGAUUGGGCCCUAAGAACCUGCGAGAGCCACUCCGAGAAACCAACUGUCCAGCCUCUAGUGUUUCGGGAUGCAGUGGAGGUUUUCACUCGAGCCUGACACUCUCGGCAGCCCAGGAAAUCACAACUAUCAUUCCAGAUCCGAAUCCUCUCCAGAAAAGUCUGGCUCACACCUCCAAUGCAGCAAUUGACAGCCGAUCAUCAGGGAGAGCUCCAGUGGCUGUGAAGAGCUGGCGGAAGGAGAAGCCCUCAGAGGUUGGUUCCUCGGAGGGGCAAUCCUCACCAUCACCGUAA